GUGACCGUGAAGGUUAGUGCAUAAAGGAAUUUCUAUGCUUAAAGCUUACUAAGCAAAUUAGUCAAUUCAUGGAUAGAGGUCGUGGAGGAACCUCUGGCGGCGGAAGAGGAAGGCAGGCAAGGCAAUCGAGAGGUGGUCGAAUUGCUAGGCUAGUUCAAGGGAUUCGAGAUGUACCGGUUGAUGAAGUCCCUUCUUCCGGUAUUCCUCAACCUCAAAAUACCUCUCAAGCUGCGCCUCAAACAACUACACAAGUUGACAUUGCGGGCACCUUUCAAGUGUUAGCUAACCUUUUGCAGCAACAAGCAACUAAUAAUCAAGCGUCCUAUUUUGAAAGGUUUAGACGUGUAAACCCACCGACUUUCGAUGGUGGACCAAAUCCCUUGGCAGCAAUUAAAUGGAUCAAAGAGGUGGAGAAAUUGUUUGUAGCUAUGCAGUUCCCUCCGGAAAUCAAAUUGGGUGUAACUAUACCAUUGCUUCAAGGAAAUGCAGAGCAUUGGUGGGGGGUUACAAGGGCAUCAUACCCAGAUGGGGAUCAUAUAACUUGGGAAGAAUUUAAGAGGGUGUUUUAUUGUAACUAUUUUCCUGAUAGUGUAAGGAGGGUGCUAGAAAAUGAAUUCCUAAAUUUGGUGCAAGGUGAUAUGACAGUCUUGGAAUAUGCUCAUAAAUAUAUGGAACUAGGAGAGUUCUUUCCAAUCUAUAUGAGUAAUGAGGAAACAAAGACCAAUAGGUUUGAAAAUGGUUUGAGGUCUGCAAUCCGCAAUCAUAUGUCAUCUAAUGUUUAUCAUAGCUAUCAAGAAGUGUUCGAUAGUGCCAUAAAAGUUGAAGCAAGGUUGAAUGAGUCCAAGGAGCAGUGGUCUGACAGAAAAAGGGUAAGAGAAUCCAUACAACAAUAUGGAAAGCCAAGGGAUAGUGGAAAUAUACCAAAUAAGAAGACAAGUAAAGGACAUGUUGUGCAGACCAAGGAGUGCAACUUCUGCCAUCUUUAUCACACUGGGGAAUGUCGCCGUAAGUCUGGGGCAUGUUUUGAAUGCGGUCAAUUGGGACACAAAGUGAAAGAUUGUCCAAGGAAAAUGCAUAUUGCAGCAGGAUCAACUCAACAAAAACCCAGGACUAAUGCUCGCGUAUUCGCUAUGACUCAACAAGAUGCAGAUGUUGCCGACAAUGUUGUUUCAGGUGACCGUGAAGGUUAGUGCAUAAAGGAAUUUCUAUGCUUAAAGCUUACUAAGAUUAGAGUGUUGAUCGAGGUUAAGACAAGGGAGGUCACAUUUUGGGGUUAAAGACCAUGGGGUAUUAGUCUAGUGUUUUGUGAUAGAGGAGGACUACUUCUAGUCUUUUUGUGGAGAUCAAAGUCCAUAGUAGGACCUUGGAUUUCAAGUUGUAAUUUGAACCAUGUCUAGAAGCUUAAAUGUGUAUAUUAUAAUUCCAAUUAAGCUAUCUUUGGGGGAAGGAACUUUAAGACCAA